ACGGUGAAGCGAGCGCGGUAGUGUGAGGACUCGGCGGUAGGGGGACCUCCUAUCCACCCCAACCCGGGCUUUAAUUCCGUUCACACCGAGAGACCCCAUCAGGAGUCCGCCGCUGGGAUCCACGCAACCCUGCACUGUUACGGAUUUAAUGUUUUUAACAGGCUGUUUUCCAGAAAGCACUGCGUUCGCCCGCGCCGUGAAACUCCCGAGUGAGACGGAUGUCCUGCAUGGAGGAAAUGAGGAAAGAAUUAAACACAGCGAGGACAAGGAUGAGUAAAAAGAGAGAAUAAUUAGUAGUUCUGAGGACAUCUCAUGCUAACAGCUCCCAUCAGCCUGUCUGCUGUCUGUGUCUAAUAGAACUGGAGACUCACGCUGGCAGUAGACUCAGUGUGUGUGGAUGAGGCUGUGAGAGGGUGAGUGUAUCAGGAUGACGAUGAAAGGCUUGUCCUCCAGCCGCAGCCACCACCACACACUCACACACUGCGACCCGUCCUACGAGUCUUUGACCCUCCGCCACGACCGUCGGCCUUAUGUCCUCAACCAGGCCCACCCGAGUGACCACAGCUUCUACGGGUGCCAGUCCGAUUUGGCCAGCAGCACAUUUCCACGCCGACAUCAUGGCUCGCAUCACGAGCUUAAGGACGAAUGCGCCAUAGUGCCCUAUGUGGGACCAGGGGGCAUAGCCGGGGGAACUGGGGGCGGGUGCGGCCCAUGUAGCUCGGCUGCCAUCCCAUCAUCCCUGCUGGAGAAGUUUGACCAGCAGCAACCAGUGAGAAAGGAUGGGUAUCACACGUUGCAAUACAAACGGACCGCGGUGCUGGAGCAUCAGCGCAGUGACAGUCCUGGCCGCAUACGCCACCUCGUACACUCCGUCCAAAAACUGUUCACCAAGUCCCACUCCCUAGAAGGUCCCAGCCAACGCAGCCUCAAUGGAAACGACCCCGCCAUCCCAGCCGAUGCAAUGGCUACGGCUACAUCCCAUCCGAACGUUUCCACCACGACUGUAGGCACCCUGCAAAAGUCAUCUAGCAACAAGCGGGGGAAGAACAAGGAACGCAGUCGCUCCGAACCCAAACCUCGCGCACGGACACCCGGGUCGGGUUACUGGAGCUCUGACGACACUCUAGACAGGGAGAUCUGCCUUUACCACCAGCAUCAACCCUCUGGAGUCAUGACCAUGGGCCGGCAUCCGGACAAAUCCCAGUCCCACUACUUCUUGGGACAGAGCUACAACACACUAGGAGGGGGACGCUCUUCCCUGAAGACGUCACGAAGCAACAAUGACGUUGGAAGUUGCUCAACUUGCUCCAACCCUACAGGAGGCGCUCUGGCUUUAAGAGGCCCGACGUCAGUGGACCAGGCUGGGCCUCUCGUCAAGAAGAGCUCCUGGUCAAGCACGCUAACGGUGAGCAGGGCCCGAGAGGUGUACCAGAAGGCCACUGUCAAUAUCGAUAAAGCUCUAGUCAAAGCACAGACCUGCCAGCAGGGACGAACCUGCCAGUUUUUACAGGUUCCUCAGGAUGAGUGGGGUGGCUUCUCAUCUGUGGGUCAGGAUGACGAGAUCCCGUGCAGGAGGAUGAGGAGCGGCAGCUACAUCAAGGCUAUGGCAGAGGAGGACAGCGGAGACUCAGACUGCAGCCCUAAACCCUCACCCAAAGUCCAGGCCCGGAGAGCCAGCUACCUGAAAGCCACCCAGCCCUCCCUCACCGAGAUGACCACCCUCAAGAUCAGUACGGAGUCCCAUUCCCCCAAGCUGCAGAUCCGGAGUCACAGUUACCUGCGAGCGGUGAGUGAGGUUUCAAUCAACCGCAGUUUGGACAGUCUGGACCCGGCCGGUCUGCUGGCCUCGCCCAAAUUUCGCUCCCGAAAUGAGAGUUACAUGAGGGCUAUGAGCACCAUCAGCCAGGUGAGCGAGGUGGAAGUAAACGGGCAGAUUGAGGCUGUGUGUGAGAGUGUGUUCAGUGAGAUGGAGUCGAAGGCCGUGGAUGCUCUGGACCUGCCAGGGUCCGGAUGCUUCCGCAUGAGGAGCCACAGUUACGUGCGGGCCAUCGAAAAGGGCUGCUCGCAGGAGGAAGAAGAGGAGAGAGCGAAGCGCCAGGCCAUCUCACCUCCUCGAACUACAACUACUGUUAGAACCAUCCAGAGCAGUACAGUAUCAUCAUGUAUAACCACCUACAAGAAAACCCCACCCCCAGUCCCGCCCAGGUCAACACCCACCAGACCGUACAUCUCUAUAACAGCCCAGAGCAGCACAGAAUCUGCACAAGAUGCCUACAAUGAGCUCACCGGUGCUGGUCCUGCUAACCGGGCCUUAGCAGCUGUCCAGUCGGGCCUCAGCAACUCCACGGAGAGCAUCGAUAGCAUGAAGGCCCUGACAGCAGCCAUCGAGGCAGCAAACGCUCAAGUCCACGGCCCAGCCAGCCAGCAUGUGACCAACAGCACCAUCACCAUCACCACAGCCUCCGCCACCACUAGCGUAACACACAUCUCACAGGAAGCUAAAAGAGAUGCCCUCAGGAAAUGCCUGUCCAUAGGGAUACAGGUGGACGGUCCCGAGGAAACCGACCAAUCAGAAGUGCACUGCAAGUUUCAGUCGGUCGGCAUUCAAGUAGAGGAGGAGAGAAGCUAUCGCAGAGUUACACGGUCCAACAGCGUCACCACUGCCGUUCAAGCUGAUCUUGACCUUCUGGAGGGUCUUGGCGACAACCAGUUCACGCAGACCCACCAGGGGCCCAUUGUCCGCCAGUCGUCCCGAGAUGCAGCCACUUCUACUGUCAGCAUCCAGGGCUCUGGGAACCACUACCAUGCCUGUGUCCAAGAUGAGUACACCGACGUGGGCUUUGACCCCUCCAUUCUGCCCCCUCCAGACCCUUGGAUGGAUGGAGCCAUGGAGGAGGAAUAUGCGAGUGGGGUGUCAGGGUCCGUGUGUCCGCAGGACGGACGCUGGUUUCUGAAACUGCUGCAAGCAGAGGUGGAGAGGAUGGAGGGGUGGUGCAAACAGAUGGAGCAGGAUGAGAGGGAGAAUGAGCUACCAGAAGACAUUCUCGGCAAGAUUCGCAGCGCGGUGGGCAGCGCUCAGUUGCUGAUGUCGCAGAAAUUUCAGCAGUUCCGGGAGCUCUGUGAAGAAAACUUGAAUCCCAAUGCCCACCCACGGCCCGUGUCUCAAGAUCUGGCAGGAUUCUGGGACAUGCUGCAGCUGUCCAUAGAGAACAUCAGCCUGAAGUUUGAUGAGCUACACCAGCUGAAAGCUAACAACUGGAAAGCACUGGAGCCUCCAGAGAGAAAGGAGAGGCGCGUGCCCCCUCCGGUGCCCAGGAAGCCGGGGAAAGGUCCCGUGCUGCUAGUGAGAGACCGGUCUUUGGAGGGCUCCCAGAGGUUGGAGGCCCGUGAGCGGCUGUUAGCGGCUAAACGGGCUGCUGCCUCUCAGCGCCAGAGCUCGGCAACAGAUUGCGCCGACAGCAUCGAAAUAUACAUCCCAGAGGCCCAAACACGAUUAUAAACACUGAAAUCCGGGUGCUCAGAAGCCUAAAUAGACACACACACACACACACACAUCUUCAACCAUAACACAAUAGCACUGAAUGACAAAGGCAGGGUAGCUGUAACAUAAUCGCUCUUCUUUUCUUGUGUAAAAGAGAGUUUCUUCACUGUGGGCUUCUACUGUAUGUAUUUACGACUUAAUUUCACUCUCUUCCUCCGUCCUGCCAUUUGCGAUGUAGCUCCCUCGUUAAACUCCCAAAGACUUUUAAUAUUUCUAUUAGACACUCUUAUAUUUAAUUGUCAAAAUGACCGAUCAUAUAUAUUCAUGCCUAAAAUACAACAUAUUGUGUCCGUCGAUAUUACUACCCAAAUAAUGCACACUACCGAAUUCUAUUAUUUGGUUCGUAGUUUUUUGCAGUUACCGUGUAAGAGCCAUAUGUCUCGCGUUCUCAAAGAGGACACAACUUCUAAAAGGGCAACAUACCGAUCACUUCGAAGAUUUUAACGCCAAUGUAGCCACAGAUUCAGUGUAUUUAUGUAUGCGUCAGGCACUCUCUCACGUGUCACCCUGCACCUCUGAGACAGGGCGAGGUUAUUCUGUUUUCAGUAUCAGGGGAUAGAAUGGAAAAACCACCUCUUCUCUUCUUUCUUCUCAUAUUUUUUAACCUCCCACUCAGUCAUCCUCUCAAACCAUCCCAUCUCCUUUCCCGUCUGCUCACUAUCAUCUCCCCUCAGCAGUGCCGCUCACCUGUUUUGACUGACAUAGACGUUUGACUGACAUGGAUACGUCAAACGCGACACGUUUAUCUGUCGCCGGUUAACGCGUUCACGUCAUUGACAGAAGCGCUGUCAGAACACCCCACUCUUCACGGCUCUGAUUCAGUAGCCCUUCGUAAAAAUUAGCAAUGUGUCACGUUAUGAAACGUUACAUAAAGGCAGUCAGGGAUUUCAUUCAGCAUUAAGCCCCGUUCACACUGCCAGCGAUCAAGUGAUGCAAAGUCUUUAUUUUACAAUUAUAAAAUAAAUAUUCACAAUCUAUAAAGCCACAUUUGUGACCCAUUGUGAAUUUUUUUUUUUAAUAUUGCGACUUUAUAACAUAAUUAUAACUAUUUCUCACAAUUGCAUUUAGGAUUCUAACAGUAUAUCACAAGAUGUAGAUUUUUUUUAUUAUUAUGACUUUUGGUAUGUAAAUUGUGGCUUUGAUGUUAAUGUGAUAACAUAAUCGUGACAUAAAACGUUUCUUGAAGUUGCGUUUUCAUGUGUCGUAGUUGCACAAUAUAUUACAGUUGUGACCAUAUAUGACAAGAUAUUUUAUAUCUCUUAAUUGAGACUUUACUUCAUGUAAUUGUGGUGAUAAUAUAUUGAUUUAUAUCGUAAUUGUGACCUUAAUUUUCACAAUUACGUUUUUAUAAAUUUGAUAUAACUCGCAUUAUUAGUAUAUAUCAGUUGUGAUUCUGUACAUUGCAAGACAUUUUAUUGUGACUUAACGUUUUCUCCGAUUUGAUGUGAUAUAUAUUAAUAUUGGUGCUUUUAAAUGAUUCAUUGCGAUUAAUUGCAUCCAAAAUAAGUUUUAGUUUACAUAUAUAUAUAUAUAUAUAUAUAUAUAUA